AUGAAAUCUUUUUGGAUGUAUUUAUGCUGUUGUUGUUUCUGUAAUUGUUGUAAAGUUAAACAGAAAGAUGGGCCAAAAGAUGAUAAAAAUAAAAUUUGCGAUGAAUUGAGAGAUAAAAAAGUUAAAAAUGUAAUAAUUGAUGAAAAUUCAGAUAAAUUGAGUAAAAUUGUCAGUAAUUAUGAUGUAUUGGAUGAGGAAAGUGAUCAAAAGUUACUGAUUGAUGAGGAAAGGUUAGCUCAAGAAUUGGACAAAUCAUUGAUAGGUGGGAACAAUACUUAUGGCAAUUCAGUUAAACGACACAAUAGUUUAUUGACUGAAAACAGUGAUUUGCAUUUAUUAGACACCAAUUCAAGUGAUUUCGUUGCUCUCCAACUAUUUAUGGGUUUAAGAAAGCAUAAAGUGAUUGAAUCGAUCGGUUUUGGUAAUUAUGGACAACUGUUUAAAGCAUUCAAUGAAGUCAAGCAAAGAGAUGUAGCCAUUAAAGUGAUUGAUAUUAAAACAGUUGGCGACAAGUAUUCAAUUAAGUUUAUGCCCCGAGAGGUCAAUAUUAUUCGUAAACUCAAUCACAAGAAUAUCGUUAAGACAUACGAAAUGAUGAGAACUAAUGACAAGAUUUAUAUAAUUACGGAGUUGUUGUCAAAAGGAUCGAUAGCUGAAUGGCUAGAAAAUAACGGUUCAUUCAGUGAAUACAUGGCUUGGCUUAUGUUUAGACCGAUUCUUGAGGCACUCGACUAUAUGCACAGUCAGAAGAUAGCGCACAGAGACCUCAAAGUCAACAACAUUUUGUUGACAGAAAACUUGAACCCAAAACUAUGUGAUUACAACUACGCUCUGAUUGUUGACCAAAUAAGACCCAGAAGUCAGACCUAUACGACUACUUUCUUUUAUUUAGCGCCAGAAAUAUUUCAAUAUUUGCCUUACAGUCCAUUUAUAGCCGAUAUCUGGAGUUUAGGUGUUUGUCUAUAUGUUAUGAUUACCAAUAGAGUGCCCUUUGAUAUAGACGAAGACUCUGAUGUUUUAGACAACCAAUUGACCGCACAAUGGAGUUAUUGGUCAGAGAUUAGACAUAAUCUUUCGCCACCACUCAGACAAAUGAUUGCUUAUCUUUUAGAUCCCGAUGUUGACAGACGACCCAUAACUCUGGAUAUAUUUAAACAUAAAUGGAUUGUCAAUAAUCCAGAGUUUUAUAAUAUUUAA